UUUAUCCAAAAACCAAAUUCAAAACUUUUUGUAUGUUAAAUGACCAUCAUUAUUUGUUGUUGUAAAAAAAAUGAAAUCAAAUUUAUUGUGGCAAGAUCAAAUCAAAGAUAAAGAUAAUCAACCAGUAUGCAUCUAUGAUUUGACCAUUUCACCGAAUGGAAAAUUAUUGCUGGCAGUUGCUGAUCAAAAAAUUUAUGUAUAUGAUUUAUUGAAAAAAACAUUAAUCGAAACAUUAAAAGGACAUAAAGAUAAUGUUUAUUGUAUUUGUUAUGCAUAUGAUGGUAAACGUUUUGCAACCGGAUCGGCUGAUAAACAAGUUAUUAUAUGGACAUCAAGAAUGGAAGCAAUACUUAAAUAUUCACAUAAUGAUUCGAUUCGUUGUUUACAAUAUAAUCCAACAUCAUAUCAAUUAUUAAGCUGUACAAAUUCAGAUUUUGGUCUUUGGUCACCGGAACAAAAAAAUGUAAACAAAAUUAAAGUAACAAAUCAAAUAAAUUGUUGUUGUUGGAAUGAUGAUGGUAUUAUAUUUGCUAUUGGAUUUAAUUCUGGUCAUAUAUCGAUACGAUUUAAGAAUGGUGAUGAAAAAAUGAAAAUUGAUCGUAAAAAUGCUAUAUGGGGUAUAUUAUUCUUUAAAACCAAUGAUGAAAGAAUGGAAAAUCGAUUAUCAAUUGUUGAUUGGUCGAAAACAAUUGCCAUAUAUGAUGUGGAUGGAAAUCAGAAUAUUCAAGAACGAAAUCUUAAUCAUGAUCCAUUGUUUAUAUCAUCAGUUUUAGAAAAUGAAUUUUUUCUUAUCGGUGGUACAAAUAAACAGGUAACAGUGUUUACGAUUGAAGGAAUGUCACUCGAAACAAUCAUAACAAAAGAAUCAUGGAUAUGGUGUUGUAAAACAUUUGGAAAUCGAAUGGCAAUCGGUUGUCAGGAUGGUUGUCUAUCAAUAUAUCAGAUAUCAUUGAUGACAGUACAAUGUUUAUAUAAACAACUAUAUGCAUAUCGUCAUUCAAUGACGGAUGUUAUCAUACAAAAUAUUGAAAACAAUGAAAAAACGUUGAUCAAAUGUAGAGAUUUGGUAAAGAAAAUCGCCAUUUAUAAAACAUUAUUGGCUAUUCAAUUGGCCAAACGUAUCGUUCUUUAUGAAUCCAAUGAAGGAGAACUAAAUUAUCGGAUCAAAGAAAAAAUAAACAUUGAAAUUGAUUGUACAAUCCUAAUGUUAUGUUCAUCGAAUCUGAUCGUUUGUCAUGAGAAACUUAUAAAAUCAUUAAAUUUCAAUGGACGAUUGGAAAAAGAAUGGAAUUUUAAAUGUACAAUCGAACAUUUGAAACCGGUCGGUGGUUUGCCAACAAAAGAAUCAUUAUUGAUCGGUCUUAAAGAUGGCCAAGUAUUGAUGAUCUUCUUAUCCAAUAUUAUACCGAUUGAGCUGAUUAAAUUGAAUAAUCCGAUUCAAUAUAUUGAUAUCAGUAUGAAACGACAAAAAAUGGCAAUCAUUGAUGAUCAAAAUAAUUGUUCGGUUUAUGAUUUACACACUGAGCAACUAAUAUUUGAGGAACCUAGUGUAAAUAGUGUUGUUUGGAAUAGUCAUUUCGAAGAUUUGCUUUGUUAUUCCGGAUCCGGAUUUAUAGCGAUAAAAAUGAACAAUGUUCCAAUGCAAACGAUCGAAUUUGUUAACGAAAACACAAAUGUAAUUGGUUAUUCAGGCAACAAAAUCUAUAUACAAAAUACGGAUAUGAAAAUUAUUUGUCGUGAAAUUUCCUAUUCAAAAAUUCUUUCACAUUUCAUUCAGCUAAACAAUUUCAGUGAAGCAUACCGAAUAGCAUGUUUGAAUGUCACUUAUGAAGAUUGGCAAAUGUUAACAAAUGCAGCAAUGAAUAGAUGUGAAUUUUUGAUAGGACGAAAAUGUUACUAUCGUAAUAAUGAUUGGCCAUAUAAUGAAUUGAUUCAUACACAUUUUCAACAACCGGAUGCAUCGAAUGACAAUAAAAAACAGCUGCUAUUGGCUAAAUAUCAAGCAUAUCAGGGAUUGUUUUCAGAAUCUGCAAGAAUCUAUAAAAAAAUUAAUGCAUCACAUUUAGCAUUGGAAAUGUUUACCGAUCUACAGAUGUAUGAUCAAGCAAAAGAAUAUCAACAUAAUAAUAACAGUGGUGAACAACGACAACAACAACAACAGGUUACAUUAGUAGCCGAAAAUUUUACCAAUCAAAAACAACAACAACAACGAUCAAAUAAUAAUGAUUUCAGUGAUCUACAAACAUUAUGUAAUGUUUGCAUUGCAAAAGGUGAUUAUGAAAAAGCAUUUGAAAUUAUUUCGAAAAGUGAUGUCAACAGUAUCGUAUCAUUUGCUCAACAAAUCGAUAAAGGUGAAAUUAAAUUACUUAAUUUGAUUGCAGAAAGUUUUCUCAAAAAUCAAGAUUACGAAAAUGCAAUACAAAUUUAUCGAAAAAUUGGAAAUUUUAAAAGUUUAGCACUUUCCUAUAUUCAUAAUAAUCAAUGGGAAGAAGCAUUGAAAAUCUGUAAUGAUAUACCACAAAUGAAAGAAGAAAUCUAUUAUCCAUAUGCAAUGUGGUUGGCUGAAAAUGAACGAUUUGCUGAAGCACAGAAAGCAUUUCAAGAAUCGGGAAAAUUUGAUGAAUCACGACAAGUAUUGGAAAGAUUAUUGAAUAAUUCAAUCACGGCAAAUCGUUUUAAUGAUGCAAGCUAUUAUUGUUGGCUUUUAGCCAAUCAUGGUAUCAAUCAAAACAAUAAUAAUGAUGAUGAUAAGAAAAAGGAAAGGGAUGCCGAAAUCUAUCAUGCAUAUCAAUAUAUAUUCAAAUAUAUUGAAGAACCAUUUACAUCGGUUUAUGCUGAAAUUCUUUUCAAUUCGGCUUUGUUUUUGCUUCAAUAUAUUGAUGAUGGAGAUUUAUUGCCUCAAGGUGUUUCAAUGGCGUACAUUUUAUUUGCAUUGGCAAAAUUAGGUAAAGCAUUAGGUCAUUAUAAAUUGGUAAGGAUCGCUUAUAAAAAACUGAUUAAUCUUCGAUUACCGGAUAAAUUAUCCGAAUCAAUACAAAUCGGUAGUAUUGAAAUUCGUACAAAACCAUUUAUCGAUGCAGAAGAAUUAUCAUUAUUUUGUUAUCGUUGUUCAUCACAAUAUUCAUUGAUUAAUGGUAAAUUGAAUCGAUGUAUCAAUUGUGAUCAUAGAUUUAUACAUUCAUUCUAUUCAUUUGAUAUUUUGCCGCUGGUAGAAUUUGAAACCAAUAUUCAGGAUAAAGAUUUUCGAAAAAUAUUGGACAAUAAUAGUGAUGGUAUUCAAAUAUCUUCAGUAUCAUCCGAUCAAACAUCAUCAUCAUCAUCGUUGGCAAACGAUUCACAAAUCUUCACGAAUGAUUCAUUAUCAUUGAAUUCGAAUAAUAAUAAAUUGGAAUCAGAACAGACAAUUAAUUUAAGCGAUGAAAUCAAUCCAAUUACAAAUGUAGCCAUAUUGAAUGAAAAACAUUUUAAAAAAUUGAAUCGAUCGAAUGUAAUUAUUGUUUCCAAUCGUUAUUAUUUGAAUAUGAUGCCCGAAAUUGGAAUUGUUGCUUGUCCAUUUUGUCAUAAGGUUUGUCCAAUCUAUAUAUGUUUUUUUUAUAAUGACAAAUUUUGAUUAUUCUUUUUCUUUUCUUUUCAAAAAAAUCAAAAACCACGGAAAAAUAAAAAUUAU